GAGUCCGUGGAGGAACACCGCAGCACUGAAUGUGAUGGACGCGUUGGCAGGGGGAAAACAGGUGGAGACGUGGGACUUUUAUUCUGAAAAUCAACAGGUGGAAAUGUAGGACUUUUAUUCUGAAAAUAGCACAGGUGGAAACGUAGGGUUGUGUCAUUCUGAAACACAGCCCAGAUGGAAAUGUAGGACUUUUAUUCUGAAGAAAUGCAGGACAUAGGAUGCUUUUCUGGCUUCUGUAGUUCAUAUUCACACUUAAGGACUUGCCUCUGCUUCUGUAGUCUAUUCCCAUUCUGCACGUAUUAUCGACCAGUUUAUUUGUGUAAUAAUGUUUAGGAGCCCCUUCCAUUCCAACAAAUAACACUCGUCUUUUCGUUUGGGACCAAUCAUCUAAUACUUAAUUAUAUUUGCAGAUUUAUUUAUUUUCUACACUAUAGUCAUUUAGGUAUACUAAUUAGGGAAACUCUCCAAAUAUGUAGUCAUCGAAGGAGGAAAACAUUUGUCACCUCAAUUUUGGUUAUUUACCUUAACUCAACGUUUUCGUCAGUUGCUGUUUGCUGAUUGGUUGAAAUUAGUGGCAUGUGACUUAGUGGCAUGUGACAUGUCUUUUCACAAAAGCCAGCAAAUCGCUUAAAGAAAUUACAAUUGCCGUCUUUCACCAGAGAUGGCGCUGUUGCUUAUGAUUUUAUCUUACUGCUAGGGCAAAUCAUUUCAUUCCCACAUCUGGGAUCUAAGUGAACACAUAUUAACUAUUUUCAACGUAGGGAGAGGAGACAGACUGUGGUUGGCAUUCCAAACCGUUGGAAAGACGUGUGUGUGUGUGUGUGUGUGUGUGUGUGUGUGUGUGUGUGUGUGUGUGUGUGUGUGUGUGUGUGUGUGUGUGUGUGUGUGUGUGUGUGUGUGUGUGUGUCUGCACUUCCAAAUAAUGUGCAGAAUGGGCAGCCUUUGUGAUGAGUCUUCUAUCAUCACAUGCAGCACUUGGACAACAGGCUGGAGAGGGCAGGACAGGACAGAGGAGAGGAGAGCAGGGCUGGCUAGAGGCUUACUAGCUCUCCAUUGUUUCAGUCUUACUUUUUUUUGUAUAUAUAAAUAAUAAAUGGUGUGUGUGUGUGUGUGUGUGUGUGUGUGUGUGUGUGUGUGUGUGUCUUUUAGUGACAGGUUGAAGAUUACUUUGUUGAUGUUUUUCUGUGAGAUGAAGGCUCGUCUUUUGAACGGUGGAAAGUCCAGAGAGUUGACAGAUGCAAUGUGUUGAUGUAGGGUGGAAGUCUGUCAGGUGGUUGGAUUUCUUUGUCUGGUUUGACCUGGAGUGAAACAUUUGGUGUGUUGAGGCUAUCCUCCAAAAUGGGAGGACUUAUUCAAACAGCAACGGAUGUAGCCAAGUCGUUUUUAUGGUUUAGUUUGACUCUCCUCAUAUUUUACCAGUGUUCUACUUUGGAGAUGAAUGUUUGGAGCUUUUUGGCAGCGUGUUGGGGUACCAUUGACUGGUCCAGUGAUAUAGAUUGCCUGCAAAUCGAGAGAUUCAUCCAAACAAUGUUUGGUGGUUUGGAGCAGAGCCAUUUAGAUUUCUCUCUAAAUAGCUCUGGUUUGGAUAUGACUUUGGAGUGGGCUCAGUAGUGCCCCCUGGUGGACCCCUGCUUGUGGGCUUAACGAAGAAAGCCGAUGGGUAUGUCUCGGGUUGCAUCAUGUAGUCAGUAUUUGGGUCGUGUAGGUCCGAGGACGUUGUCAGUGGGGCUGCUUCGUUAUCUGGAUCAGUCUCGGUGUACUGUAGGAGGUCUCACUGCCCAGUAUCUGCGCUGAGACGAAUAGCGAGCAUUCUUUCAAUAGGUUUUCCGGUGUUACUGAUGAUGGGGCUAGGGGGGCAGUAGUGAGGCGGUCAGUUAGUGGGGAGUCGCGGUCUUGGUGGGUUGUGGCUGUUUCCGUUAUCCCUGGUGCAGGGACUUGGCCUGCGGGGGAGAACGUUGUGAGGAAGCUUUUUUCGGAAUGUGAUACUUCCGAUAAGAAGGCGGUUGACUUUAUUGUGACCGGGGGCCAUGUUUUCAUCGUGGCCCGGCUGUACCUUCACCUCCGGACUGGUGAUGACCUUAAUGAGUGGAUGAUGCUGUUUGCGAUGCGUUCAUAGUCCGCUAGCCGAACCAGGAGCUACCAGGGGACAGCCCCUCUGCCUGUCCUCUCUUUGCGUGAUGUCAUGUUCAGGGAGACAUCACCCAAUGGGGUUUAAUAGUCGUCGUUAUGACUAGAACGCAGGAGGAGGAGGAGAAUCAAUCAUCAUCGUUGUCACAUUGAAGUUAAUACGUUGAAAAAUAAUGAAGUUAAAUUGUUUAAAUGUGUACGUCGUUCUCCAUUCAAAACUGUAACGGAACAUAAUUAUGUUUCCUUAUUCCUCGAAUACUGAAGUUUAUCUGAGACUACGCCUUUAUUAUAACGGAUGCCGAAGAACAACACAAUACUAUUUAUGAAAGGCGAGAUGGAGACACGCUUUGUUUAGAAAAUUACUAACAAUGUUUGCUUUUCAAAAUCAAUUACAACAAUAAAAAUACCGAUAUAUCAAUGAACAGACCAAUUAAACGAGCGUUAAUAUUAUUCAUAAAAACAGUUGCAAUAACAUAUUUACUGUUACUCAUGCUGAAUCACUUAUAAUUAAAAUACUUAAUUCUGUGAUUAUUUCUGAUGCAUCCUUAUAACCUGUAUUGUAUUGUAAUCAAAACACGCAAGCUGAUGAAGAAGAGACCCUGAGGGACCCUGGUCUGGUAGUUCAGGGUCCCACCGCUAGAGGGCGAGACUGAAUCACAUACUUCUCGUCCAUGCCUGAUGCGUCACACUCAGAUGUCUCUGUAACCUGAAAACACAAGUCGGUCGGGGUAUGACCAUUUUUUUGUUGCUUUAAUGACUCAACCGCAUUUCAGUAUCCAGUGAAACGCCCUUGUCGAUCACUGACUCUUCUUUUGUGUGCAUUAAUCCAAAAUUGAGGCAAAGCACGUAAGAGGAAAAGUAGAAAAACUGGAUGAAAGUGACUAAACUUCCCUGUAAAGAAAGUAACGUGGUAAUUAUCAGUGUGAUUAUACACUUUCCAUUUCAGCCGAGCAGGAACAGUGAUUUCUUCUUGAGUGGGUCCAUUAGCUGUGUACGCACCGUGUGGCCCCAGCUGAGCAAACUGGCGCAUAGCCACAGGUGUGCAAACAGUGGAAUCUCCAGUGCGUCCUGUCCCUGGCUAGGGGUGCACACGGUGACCCCAACAACCCCAUUACACUACCUGUCAAGGCAGGUUAAGAAGCAAUAAUUGGCAGCAUUAUGGAGUUUAGCCCGUGGACAUGACACGCCUUCAGCUCUGUGGCCCUAAACACACCAAAGCUCAGUUUCCGCCUGCGUUCCGCUCUCGCUGUGUUUCGGCAGCAGACCAAUUGUUGUCUGUUGAGGGGCGCGGUCUCGUGCAGGGGCAGGGCAGGCUAAGGUAGGGCAGGCCGAUGGGCAGGGCAGGGUCUGCUUCACGAUCACCAGAGAACACAUCACCUGCAGCCGCGGACGCACGACUGCGUCAGAUGUUCCACAACACACUCAAACACACGGAGCUACAAUGAUGUCGCUUGACCCACUGCGAUCGGCUAUUUCCAGCGGAGCGGGGGCCAAUACGUCGCUGGCCGUCCCGUACGUCAACCAGUAUCGAUCGGGCCAGCAGCGGGUCCUGGAGCAAGUGCAGACCAUCAAGAGGACCAAGUCCAAGCAGUCGACUAAUCGGAAUGGGACAGCGACUUUAUCCCCUACUAGUCCCACCUACGACAGCGUGUUUACAUAUUCUCAUAAGUCCCUUCCCAUCAACGUCAAUGGAAGUUCCACCGUUGGAAACGGCUUUUCCAAAAAGACGGUCGGCUCUGAGAAGAACGCCAACCGUCAGACCCUGCGGACGGCAAAGGGCUCGGUCGGCCAGUGGGUCCAGUCCAGCCACAACAUCAGCCGGGGCUCACACGCCAACGGCGGCGCCACCGUCUCCAUGGGAACGCUGGGCGGCGGCACCAUGGGCCGGAGCAACACCAGCCGCAGCGAGCCCGACCUGGGCCGCCGCUUCACCCGGCCCCGGCAGGCCGCGCCCCCGGGGCCCCAGCGCCUGCUGUCGAACCGCUCCAGCGUCUUCCUGUCGGAGCGCACCGUGACCUCUGGGGGGCAGCACGCCGCCGCCAACGGCUACCCGCCGCCGCAGCCCAAAGCCCAGUACCAGGUCCGGUCCCAGUCCCAGUCCCAGUACCAGCCACUGCCCCAGUCCCAGUACCAGUCACUGCCCCAGUCCCAGUACCAGUCCCAUGGUCAGUCCCAGUACCAGGGCAAAAGCCUGCCUUUCCACCAGGGGAAAGGCCUGACCCAGUACCAGACCCUCGGCCAGUCCCAGUACCAGGGCCAGAGCCAGAGCCAAGGCCAGUCCCAGUCCCAGUACCAGGCCAAUGGCCAGUCCCAGUACCAGGCCAAUGGCCAGUCCCAGUACCAAGCCCCGGCCUUGCCCCAAACCCAGAGCUUCAUGAACGGCACCAGUAAGGGGAAACAGAGCAGCCAGUACGUGGUGACCAGCACCAGCCAGACCCAGCGCGGACCCUACCAACCCGGACUGACCCAGUUUGAACAGUCGGUGGUGGACUCCGGCGUCAAGACCAAGGCGGUCUCUGGGCUCAAGGGGGUCGUUGAUCCUGGGGACCUGACCAUGAUUGAGGCUGUGGCCUGGCUCUCCAGCCCCGACCAGCAGCAGCAGCACUGUGGAGCCUCCUUCAUCCAGCACAGCACCUUCCUGGAGGACAAGGCCAAGCGAGAGGUGCACCAGCUGGGCGGGAUUCCUCCACUGGUGGCCCUCCUGCGCAGCCCCAACCCCCCGAUCGCCCAGACGGCGUCGGCGGCCCUCCGGAACCUGUCCUUCAAGGACACGGCCAACAAGGAGGAGCUCUUCCGCUGCGGGGGGGUGGAGGAGGUGGUGGCCCUGCUCCGGGAGUCCGACUCGGCGGACACGCACAAGCAGCUCACAGGCCUGCUGUGGAACAUGUCGUCCGUGGAGAACCUGCGACCGGACCUGCUGAAGUCCGCCCUGCCGGCUCUGAUGGAGAAGGUCAUUCUUCCGUACACGACUGGACCCGACCGGUCCAGCAACACGGACCCGGAGGUCUUCUACCACGCCACGGGCUGUCUGAGGAACUUCAGCAGUGGUAAGGUGAGCAUCAGGCAGAGCAUGAGGAAGUGCCGUGGGUUGGUGGACUCCCUGGUCAGCUACGUGGAGGAAUGCGUGGAGGCCCAGAGACCCGACGACAAGUCGGUGGAGAACUGUGCCUGCGUGCUCCACAACCUGACCUUCCAGCUGGAGGCGGAGGCCCCCGCCCUCUUCAGCCGCAUCUCCGCCCUGGGCCGGGCCAACAUCACCCCCGAGGGGGACACCGGCCCCAUCGGCUGCUUCAGCCCGCAGAGCAGACAGGUCCUGGAAGCUGAGCGGCACUUUGACUACCCGACGGUGGAGGAGCAGAACCCCACGGGGGCGGGCUGGCUGAUCCACUCCCGGACCCUGCAGAGCUACCUGGACCUGCUGAGCUCCAGCCAGAAGGACGACACCCUGGAGGCCUGCUGCGGGGCCCUGCAGAACCUCACCGCCCACCCCGGCACCGUUUCCAACGUCAUCAGCCAGACGGUGGUGAAGAAGCUCAACGGUCUGGCUGUCAUCGCGCCGCUGCUGAGGUCUCCCAAGAUCAACCUGCAGAGGAACACCGUGGCACUGGUGGCCAACCUGGCCAAGAACCCCAGCCUGGCCAACCCCAUCGCCCGUAAAACCCUGCCCGAGUUCUACGCCAUCCUGGAGGAGGGCACCGAGGGCACCGAGUCGGACGACACGCUGUCCAUGGCGUGCCAGACCGCCCACCUCCUCACCCUGAAGGAGCAGGACAUGGGUCGGCCCCUGCUGAAGAACAACCUGAUCCACGCCCUGAACCACCUCAGCAAAGACAGUCAUUUCCCCAAGUCCAGCAAAGCGGCCUCCCUAAUGCUCUACAGCCUGUGGUCGGACAAAGACCUGCAGAGCUUCCUGAAGAAGAAAGGCAUGAGCAAGGGGUCCUUCGUGACCAAGGACACCAUCGCGGCCCACAGGUCCAUCCAGGUGGUGGACUAGACCAGGGGUGGACCAGACCCUAGACCCGCUCCUCCCAGCCUUGUGACCCCGUCACCCGGCUCCUCCAGCUACUCCACGCCUCAACGCUCACUCCUGUAUCGUCCAACUAACCCGAAACACUCCACGGCGUCCGCGUUGCACUUGUACAGAGAUGGUCGCUAUGAUACGCUCACAUAAUCGAAUCAAUAACAAACACAAAUUGCAGGCUUAUUUACAUUCCUGUUCAGUGUCGCUCAUGGCAGGUCAAGAAAGAGGAAGCGCGUGUGUUUUUCUCACCGUCGCUCGCUUUGCAGUGACUCUCUCGGAGUACAGCUCGCUGCUGACUACGUCGGGAGUACGUAUUAAGUCCCACUAAAUCACCCGGCCAGACUGGAUGUGAGCCACUGCACUAACUGGCACGUUUAAAUCAUAUUCUCUCUUGUGUAAAUAUGUUCGCCCGCCGUAUUUGUGUCACUGGAGUCUACUCCAAAGGGGAAGCAUAAGAUGACAAGUAUUGUUUUGUGCUUUUGUUUUUAACAAACUACGUACAGUUUUAGCUAUGGUUUUAGACGUCGUAAAUGUUGUUCUAAGCUUUGACCCUAUGAUAUCUUGUGACCGAAUUGUCUGUGUACAGCUAGCCUGCUCCGUCGGUUGUUAUGUUUAGAGAAUGGUCGGAUUAGUUUAGAGAGAUUUAGCAAUACUUGCACUGAAUAUGCAGUUUUUGUGAUGAAAUGUCUGUCUUUAAUUACUGCUGUUAACGCUGCAACCUUGUCAAAACUGGUUAUACUAAUAAAGAAUGCUGCUAAAUAUACUGCUAAAAAUAUAUUUCGUCUUCAAAGUGAUCUGUCUGUGGAUGUCUUGAUUUAGCCUCCACGCAUUAGACAGAUGCAGACUUGCCGGCUGGGGUUGAUAUACUGAUGGUUUUAUUGAAAUGUGCUGUAGGUUCGAUUUGAGAGUUGAAGAGAGAGAGCAGAUCAGAGCUUGAGAACAAUACUUUAAAAACAAGCAACCCCCAAAAACAUAUCCCAGCUCAUUUCUGACCUGAUUGGUGCUGAACUGACCUGACUGAGCAUUUCCCUCCCUAUAGAAGAGAAUUAGGGUCACAUGGGAUUAUUUUUUGGGGGGUUUUGACCUUUAAGUCAGAAUUCUGACCUUAACGUAAGAAUAAAAAGGGUUCUGAUUUAAAGUCAGAAUUCUAACUUCAAUCUCAGAAUUUAAUUUUUUUUUCCAUCCUCUUCCGUACUAAUACCUGCGUGCGGCUAUGCCAUUAGUAUAAAUUGACCAUCAAUUACAGCUCUUAAAUGCAGCUCCCAAACAACGUUUUGUCGGCUGGGUUUAAAAGAAGGAUCAGUGAGUUUUGUCCUGCACUUCCAGUUGCAAUAUGCAGUUAAUAUCAGAUUUAAUUCCCCCUUAAUUAGAUGACUCAACGGGACGUAGACCUACCACCUGACUUG